AUGCAUGUCUCACCACAUCAGAUCUCAAAUCUGGUCCACACUGAUUCCGUUUCUCCAAUCGAUUCAUCUCAUACUAGCCUUGAUUCAUUUCAUUCGGGGAAUUUCACUACCUCAAGCCUCUCUCGGCAAUCCCGCUCUUCCAUUGAGCCAGAUCAUGGUGCCAAUGAUCUAGCAUUAAAUAAUAUUCAACAUAGGUCUCUUCCUUUUAAUGCUGCAUCUGGGCCCACACCGCAUUCGGCAUCAUCCGACACCCUUCUUUAUCAAAUGACCGGCCAGUAUCUUGGGCGGACAGAUGUCAGCGAUCAUCUUACUUCCGAAAUAAACCCUAACGGAGGCUAUAGCAACACGGAUGACCAGUGUAGAUCAGCCCGGGCUUUAUUGGGUCUCACCUCUGUCGUUAAGUCGGACUGGUCCAUUGAAGAUUCUCCUGUCUCUCCUCAGACUAAUCGGAUUUCAAAUGCCUGCUCUGGGCUAUCAGUUGGAUUGAUGCGCCUCCGUUCCACAUCAGCCGUCAAUGGCAGUCUCGUCACUACUCCCUUGUCUCCUUCACCGAAUGGUUGUCCGCAUCCUAGCAGUCCUUCCUUACAUACUACUUCCUGUACGGGAAGCCCUACCUUGGCUUAUCCGUGCUCAGCUUCACCAAGCCACUUAUCGACCUCUAGCAGCUCACAUUUUGGUUUAAGUGAUAGCUCUUCUCACUUGGUUCAGAAUCAAUACUCUCAGCAAGAAGUCAUACAGAGUCAUUCUAGCUCACACCCGGCUUCUGGAUAUUCCACCUGCAUUUCGACCUCUGUCUCUACUUCAAGACUCAAUCAACUCUCUCCCGCAGAGUCCCCUAUCCUUCCCUCCAUCCCAAACAGUCUUGUGGCAGCAGCAGCUGCUGCUGUGGCCUCUGCUGCUUCUGCUAUGACGACUUCUUGCGCACCGACGCCCCAAUCCCCACCUCCAUUAGUUUCAUUAUCUUCACCAACAGCAGUAACUAAUACAACUCCCACCUCUGUGGUGGCAGUAUCUUCCCUCUCAGCCGGAAUCCUUCUAACUUCAAGUCGACAUGGUCUUCCAAAUCCUGUUUAUGAAGUUCCUCCCCAUUCAUCCAGUGGAAAUUCACUUAUCUCUUCUGUCCAGCAGUCACUAUCACCCCUUUACCUAUUUCCUGGUCAUACUCAAUCUGGUACACCUACUGGUCAGACUUUGUUUUCCAGCUGUCGGUCGGAAGAGACUCGACGAGAUCGUUGCUUAAGCUCAACUUUACUAUCGGCUGCUACAGCAACCUCUGUAAUUGGAUUGGGCUUGACUCCAACGUCAACAACUCUUUCCUCCUCUUCACCUACCGCAUCGCCCUCCUCUGUAUCCAAUUCGCCUUCCGCAUUCGCCUCACCAACCCUCCGUCUCGCCUCACCCAAUCACUCACAUCCUCAGCAUUACCAACACCGACGACAGCUAACGCCCCAUUCCACUGCUUGCCCUUCUGCACCCUGUUCGAAUUCAUCUCCACCAUUGCUAUCGACCUCUCCAUCCCAUUCGAUUUCACCCCACUCACUUGCAAUAGAUCAGACACAACAUCAAGCUCAUACAAAUCAUUACCCCCCUCAGCCACAGCAGCAACUUCCUCAGCCAGCCCAUACACCCAAUAUUCAUCAUCACAAUCACAAUCAGAACCAUCAUCAUUUUCAACACCAUCAUAAUCAGCAAGAACAACAACAACAACAGCUCUAUCAAUUGGCCUCUCUAUACUCACAACAAGGCUCAACGUCACCUGGCUACCAAGCUCAUCUCUCACACCACCAAAAUCUAAAUGGUUAUCAUUAUCAGUCUGUAAGAGACAAUCAUCUUUCCACCAGCUCCGCUGCUUCUGCCCAGCCCUCUACUGUCUGGGACUGGUCAGCUACACUCAGAUGA